AUGGCCGACGACGACAACGACGACACCCCCCACGCCGGGUGCGACAGCGGCAUCGAGGACGGCGACGACGACGACCUCGCCAGCGAGACGACCAGCGUGCACUCCAGCAUCUACCGCUACCGGUUCGAAAACGGGCGCCGCUACCACGCCUACCGCGACGGCGAAUACUGGGGCCCCAACGACGAAAAGGCCCAGGACCACCUCGACAUCGCGCACAACCUGUGGCUCAAGACGCUCGACGGCAAACUCUUCCUCGCCCCGCUCCCCGCCGAGAUCGGGAAGGUGCUCGACGUCGGGUGCGGCACGGGGAUCUGGGCCAUCGACCUCGCCGACGCCCACCCCACCGCCGACGUCACCGGCACGGACCUCUCGCCCACCCAGCCGUCGUGGGUGCCGCCCAACUGCCGCUUCGAGGUCGACGACGCCGCCGACACGCCGUGGACGUGGCGGUCGGGCACCUUCGACUUCAUCCACGUGCGGUCGCUGUUCGGCUGCGUCGGCGACUGGCGCGCCUUCUACGCCGAGGCGCGGCGGUGUCUCAAGCCGGGAGGUUACAUCGAGCACGUGGAGAUGGGGAGGAGGUUUAAAGGGGCGGGGGAGGAUGGCAGUGGGUUGCCGGCGGAUAGCGCGUUGGCGCAGUUGGAUGGGUUGGGGGAGGAGGCGUGUAGGCGGAUCGGGAAGCCCGGGGAUGUGGUGUAUCGGAUGAAGGGGUGGUUGGAGGAGGGCGGCGGGUGGGAGGAUGUGACGCAGGUGGAGUAUCGGUGGCCGACGGGGCCGUGGGCGAGGGAUGCGCGGAUGAAGGAGUUGGGGCGGUGGAGCAGGUUGCAUUUGCUGGAGGGGGUGGAGAACUGGACGCUGGCGAUGCUGACGCGCGUGUUGGGGUACUCGUUUGAGGAGGCGCAGGUGUGGAUCGCGAAGAUCAAGGCGGAUGUGAGGGAUCCGGCGGUGAGGGCGUAUCAUGACAUGUAUGUGUGCUAUGCGCGGAAGCCGGAGGAGGGUGGGUCGUGA